GCCAAGCUGACUAGCUCUGCGAAGUCCAGGCCGCGCUGACUCCAGGGACGUGGUGCUGCCGCUUGCACCUUUGCCACCGCAGCCAUCCUUCUGGUUAACUGCCUGUCCCCCGUUGUCUCCUCAGUCGCCGUGCCGCAACCGCAACAGCAUUGACAACAGCUAAGUGGCCGAUUCGGGACUUGGGGCUGGGAGCCGGGAAGGGCGCAAGGCGCAGACAGCACACGCCAGCCCGCCAUCUCUAGCGGGAGCAGCCACAGCUGCAGUCACCCCUCCCAGGCAGGAGAGGAAAAUACUGUCGAGAGGCACAGGCUGUCCCACUGCCCAGGGUCAGAGUUACCGCGUUUCUGUCAAUCCCUGGCGAGAGCCUUUAGCUUGGGGAAGGUAGGACGGACCCCGUCUCUGAGGUGGAGAAAAAAAAAUCUCACACUGGAUAGUGUUGACUUUUUUGUCAUACUAAUCAACAAGCGGCAGCUUUGCCUAAGCCCCCUUAAACCGUAAGCCAUGUCUCCUCCAACUGUCCCUCCGAUGGGGGUAGAUGGCGUGUCCGCAUACCUGAUGAAGAAAAGGCACACCCACAAGAAGCAGCGGCGUAAGCCCACUUUUCUCACUCGUAGGAACAUCGUGGGCUGCCGCAUUCAACAUGGGUGGAAGGAAGGCAAUGAGCCUGUGGAGCAGUGGAAGGGCACCGUGCUCGAGCAGGUUUCCGUGAAGCCCACUCUCUACAUCAUUAAAUAUGAUGGCAAAGAUAGUGUGUAUGGACUAGAACUGCAUCGAGAUAAGAGAGUUUUAGCACUAGAGAUUCUUCCUGAGAGAGUACCAAGUCCUCGCAUCGAUUCGCGCCUGGCAGAUUCCCUGAUUGGCAAGGCAGUGGGGCAUGUGUUUGAAGGCGAGCAUGGCACCAAAGAUGAGUGGAAGGGGAUGGUUCUGGCGCGAGCCCCCGUGAUGGAUACUUGGUUUUACAUAACCUACGAGAAAGAUCCAGUCCUCUAUAUGUACACUCUGCUGGAUGACUACAAAGAUGGUGACCUACGCAUCAUUCCAGAUUCCAACUACUAUUUCCCCACCGCAGAACAGGAGCCCGGGGAGGUGGUCGACAGUCUCGUGGGAAAACAGGUGGAACACGCCAAAGAUGACGGAUCCAAGAGAACCGGCAUUUUCAUCCAUCAAGUGGUGGCCAAGCCAUCUGUCUAUUUUAUUAAGUUUGAUGAUGAUAUUCACAUCUAUGUCUAUGGUUUGGUGAAAACUCCCUAAAUUCAUUGUGGUCUUUGCAAAAAUUGUGGAAAUAUUAGAUGUGAAAUGUUUCGAGUUCGCCUGCUUGUGAACUUUGAGAAAAGUUUUGGUGUCAAAUUCAGGAAAGUGGCUUUAUUUUAUUAUAUCUCGAAAUCUUACAUUGACUAAUUCCACAGUUUUGCCCCAAGUGUAUUUCCGUACUUUUGAUAUUGUUUUCUUUUGUAAUUUAAAAUUUAAAUUGGGUGCUACUAGAAAAAUUUUUAAAGAGUUUGCAAGCAUUGUAACAAUACAACAGUAGAAUAAGAAAAAUCGAUGAUAUAUCAGCAUUAACAAGCCUUUCCUUAUCUCUCUCCUCUCUUCUGCCCAGGUAACAAGUUUUGAGAUGCCCUUCUAUAUAUUUUCCCAUCUUCAUACAGAAAAUCUUUUGUAAUAAUUUCUUUAAAAAUGAUAAGCCAUAUGCAUUUCUCUUUAUUUGCUUUUUUCACUAGACAAAUAGAUGACAUCCCACCUGAUCAGCAGCUACAGUCUCUUUCUCACUCCUUUCCCUCUCUCUUUUCCCUAUUUCCUCCCCCCCCCUCCAUAAGCAACUGCAUAUACAGUAUCUGUGGAUGUCUGAAAAGGUAUUCAAUCAAAAAGGUAUUCAACUAACUAUUCCAUUAUUGAUGGCUAUUUGUUUCUUUUUUUCUCCAGUUUAGCACUGCUGCAAUAUAUUUUGGUGGUUUUAUUUCUAUAGGUUGGAUUCCUAGAAAUGCUAGGUAGAUGCUGCCACCCCAAGUGCUACAAGUCUUCAACUACUUUUUUAAAAAAAUUUUUUAUUAUUCUGAGUUUUAAAUGCUUCAUCUACCUGAAAUUUAUUUUUUUGCAAGGAUGUGGUACAACAUAGGGAUCCAGCUUUACAUUUUGUUCACAGUGAAUAUCAGUACUAUUUAUUUUACAAUGGCCAUUUUCAAAUGCUUGAGCCAAAAUCAAAAAUUUUAAUUAUAUAGAAUUGACCAUAGAUUUUACAAUCUAAUAAUGCAAAUCUUUGUUAGUUUUUUUAAAAUAUGAUUUUCCAUAGAUACUCAUUCUUUCAUAUGAAAAUUGAAAGUAUUAUCUCAACAACUAAAAGUCUGAUAUCUUAAUAAGAACUGUGUUAAAUUUCUGCAUUCCUGAUUGGAGGAUCAGUUACUAACAUUAAUCCUGAACACUCAAGAGUUUUGGUGCCUAACUGAAAUAUUUUAGCCUUGUUUUUGUAAUAUUCUUCAUAUAGAUCCAUCAUAUUUGAUUGAAUUCAUUUAUGAGUAUUACAUUUGUAACACUUUGACAUUAGGAAUUGAAUAUUUUUCCUUAUUUGUAACUUCUUAUUUUUGGCAAUAUAGAAAAUCAACAGAUUUUUAUAUUAUUACCUUCUAUCUAAUGAAUUAUUUAAUCUUCUGAAUUACAAUAGUUUUUUAAAAAUAGAAUAUAGUAGACUUUCUAGAUACGCAAUCAUUUUAUCUGCAAAUAGAUAUCAUUUUAUUUCUUCUAAUGUUUAUACUGAUUAUUAUAAUAUUAGCUGGAUUCUCCAAAGCAAUGUUGCAUAAUGAUGAUGACAGACAUGUCUGUCCUAUUAUUAAUUUUCAUGGAAAUGUCUAUAGUAUUCCUUAUUAGUAUGAUAUGUAAUAUUGGUUAUUGGUAAAAACUCAACAUAUUUCAGAGUGUCUUCUAUUCUUUUUUUACAUAAUGCUGUUAUUGUCAGAUGUAGCUCCUGGGUUUCAUCAAAUAUCUUUUCAGCAUCUGUUGAUUAAAUUGUUGAUGCAAUGAGUUAGAAUAGCAGGUAUUUGAACCUGUAUUUAUGGAAUAGAUCCUACUCGAUUAUGGUGAAAUGAUCAUUUGCUACAGUGCUGGAUUUUUUUAACCAAUAUUUUAUUUAGAAUUAUCAAAUUUACAUUCCAAAGUGACAUUGUACUUUUCUUAUGCUGUCAUUAUCAAGUUUUAUUAUGAAGAUUGUGCUAGCUUUAAAAGUAUGAAUUAGUGAGUUUGCAAUCUUUUUCUGUGGUCCGGAAUAGUUUAAAUAGCAUUAGAACCGUUGGUUCUUUGAAAGUUAGCUAAUACAAAGCUGUAAAGCACUCUAAUCCUGGUAACACCUUUAAUGAUAAAUCUUUAAUUGGCUUUCUGAUUACUUCAAUGGUAAUUGGCUUAUUCCAGCUUUUUUUAAGAAAAGAUAAAAUGGAAUAUACUCUCUGAAAUACAAAAUUUAAUGCUGUUUCUAUUAACAGGUGUGUUGAUCAGAUUAUUCAGAUGCUUUAUGUCCUUGUGUAUUUUAUGUCAUCUAGUUCUGUCCAGUUCUGAAAAUGUCAUAAUAAAACCACCAGCUAUAAUGGUGAUUUAA